CACGACGUGCCGUGUUACCACGCGACCUUGUCGACGGGCCCUACCUUGUUCCACGAUGCAAAUGGGGGCGUCAGAUUGUAAAUGAGUUCAUAAGACUGCCAUGUAGCAAAGGCGGUGCGGCCUCGGCACCCGGCUGGAAGUCCAAAUGUCCUACGAGGACUGCGCCGGGGACCCGUUCAUUUCGCUUCUUCUGGAGCGGCGCCCGGAGCUUGAGGCGCUCUUGAGGGGGCAGCUUCAGUUGUCAGAGGAUGAGCGGAGAGCAGCGCCAAAGAAGACUGGUUUCAGCUUCGGGGGCUCGACUGCCCUGCCACGGCUUGGCGGCACCGCCAAACUAUCCGUCAAGGCACGCAUUGCUGGCGGGGAGCCUUGGACCCGCCCGGAGCCAUGGCCCAUCGUUCCCGUGGCAUGUGCGACGGCUAGCGCCGCUGAGGGGCACCUGUGCGACAGCGAAGGCGAGGAGCAUGCGGAUGCAGACGACGACACUGACGGCGGCAACUUGAAGCCCAGCGACGCGGCCUCACCGGUGGUGCUAGCGGCGCCAGCACCAGCACAGCCAGGCGCUGGCGGAGCGCGCUCUAGCGGCGAUGCUAGCUCCUGUGGCAGCUGUGACAGCCGCCCGCCGCACUCCUUAUCCACCAUCGCCACCUCCUGCCUCGAUGCCAUCAACUCACCAGACGCUGGAGCCGUCGGCAGCCCCAAGCCGCUGCUCGUUGCCGCUAGCUCAUCCCCACAGUGCCACCGCGGUGGCGGCGGCACUGCUGGCGGCGGUGCCGGCGCGGUGCAGGGGCAGUGCGGCAGCCCGCUGCGCCGGGUGGUGAUGCACUUUGACGGGCCGUGCAUCGCAGGCCGCGGGGCCACUGCGACCGGCGCAACUGCGCUGGCGUCGGGGCUUGGAGCGGCGCCUGUGGUCGGGGCGGGCACCGCCAGCUCUUACCUGCUAGCUGUGCCCGGGGGGACGCCUGUGUUCUGUGACUCGCCCACCCGCUUGCCAGGAAGACCGCCGGAGGAGGAGCCCGGCCAGGCGAAUGCGGCGGCAGCGGUGGGGCUGGAGCCCGGCACUGGCGUCGGUGCUGGUAAACCUUCGCGGACGGCUCAAUUGGUGGCGUCAUGGCCAGUGGACAACAGCGGCGGAGGCCGGCUCGCUCCGCUCACGGCACAGUUGGACGGCCCCGCGAACGCACGCCCCAUGCCGCCUGCCGCCUCUGACCGUGCGGCUCAAUUGUCGCUGCGGAUACAGCGGCUUCAGCAGCAACAUCAGCACAUGCUAGAAGCCCGGGCUCCGGGUUCCGGAAGCGGAGGAGAGCUGCUGCCCCCGCCGCCGGCUCUUGCCGCUGACCCGCUAGCCGCUGCGCCGCUGGCAGCUGACGACAUGCCACCCAGCCUCGCCGCGCUGUUAGACCCGAUGCGCCUGGCAGCUUCAUCUCCGACGCUUGCACGUCAGGAGACGCUGGGAGGGGCCGCCGGUGCCAAAGCCUUGGUGGGCAGCAGUCGGGGCAUGUCGCCGGUGCCGUGGGAGGGAGGGCCACCGGUGGCCGAGCUGGAUGCGGACACGAGCGCGAGCGCCGUCCUGGCAUCACACCACCUCCAGCAGCAUCGGCUGCAGCAGCCGGCGUCAGCGCCUCACGUUUCUCACCAAAUGUUGGAGUUGCCCCUGCGCCGCAGCUCGCUCCAACAGCAGCAGCAGCAGCAGCCGUCGCAACUGGUAAGCAUGAUGCCGCGCCGCGGGUGUCGGCCCGGCGACGGCUCGUAUGUCGUCAACACGCCGCAGCGGCUGCAGCAGCAGGCAGUCAUGGGUACUGCCGGAGGGCCAGCCGGCGGAGGGCCGUACGCAGGCAUAGUCGGGCACAAGGCACGCAGCCAGCCGCAGCCGCACGUGGCGGAGGCGGAGGUGUUGGCUUCGCCCGUGGCAGCCCGUUCACAAGGGCCGGGGCUAGCCGCGGGCUUCCCGGCACAGAUGCGCCGCAGUGACGCCUCACCGCUGCCACGCCCAGACGCUAGCACCGGCAGCGGACUUGUUGUGGGCAGCACACUAGCCGCGGGCAUCACGGCACGCGGCGUCGCGGGCUGCGCCGGGGCGUACGGGUCAGGCGCAGCUAGCGGCGCCACAGGAACUGGCGGUAGCCUGCCGAGUGUGCAUGGCGCGCUACCAGUCCGGCGGAGAGCCAGCGACUAUGGCGGCAGCGAAAAUGGUUUGUUGGCUGCUGUUGAAGAGGCAAAUCGCGGGGUUACGGGGGACAUGCCGCGGCCCGCGAGGCCGUCCAGUGAUGGCGGCUACCUCGGCUCGUCGUCAGCAACGCCGGCGGCCACGGCACGACGGUCCAUUCUGGGCAACGUUGCGGAUGGAGGUGUGGCCGGCAUUGCGGCUACUACUGCUGGACCUGUUGCCGGUGGCAGCAGCGGCCUCAGUGGGGCUCGGGCAGGAGUUGCGGCGUUCGGGCGUGCCUCAUUACCAAUUUCUUAUGGCAACAAUGCAGCUGCUGCUACCACCACCGCCCCCGCUGCCGCUGCCGGCAGCGGCACGCGCGCCACCAGUAACGACUUCCUGUCUGGCCUUAUGAUUGCCGGCAACACGCGGCCUGCAGUACCUUCGGCGGCACCGGCGCCCGUGCUUCCAUCGCUCAAGAACGCGCAUGCGCUGCGAAGCUCGGCGGCGAGCCUGCCAAUAGGAGCCACAGCCGGUGGCAGCGGCGGCGGCGGUAGCGCCUUUUCCGGCGCCAAGUCGCCGCACCGUGGCCUGCUGCGCGCGGUGCUAUCAGAAAAGCAGCUGGGGGCGUCGAGCGCGCUUGCCUCCUACGCCAGUGGGGAAGCCGGCACGGUUCCAACAGCUGCUGUGGUCACGGCGACGGGGACAGGAAAGGCAGCAGGCGAGGGCGGGGGCGGUGCCGGCGGCUCUCCUCGGCUGCUGCCUGGCGGGUUCAGUGGCGGCACUGACAUGAUGGUAACUGUGCUCGGAGACUUCAGCGCCGUGCCGGACUUGGCCAGAAGGCCAAAGAGCUACUCAGGAUCUGUAGUGGCGCCACUUCCGCCGGUCACUGUCACGCCGACUGCAGUCAGCCCCGCGCCUGCUGCAACACCGCAUUACGGGUACGUCCCGAGCCUGUCGCUGGCGGCAGCAUCGGCGGCGGCGGCAACGGCGGCGGCAACAGCUGCAGCAGCGACAGCUGCAGCUGCAGCGAGCGCCAGCGGGCCGGUUGCAGCAGGGGGCAGUAUUGGCGCCGCCGGCGCUGAUAGGCCUAACAGUGGCAGCUGCAGCAACGCAGGGGUCCCGUUUAGCUUCCUCCCCAGCAUCGGGCUUGGCGGCCAAGGCGCUGCACGGUAGCUAUUAGGCGCGUGGUUGGAAAUGGAUGAAGCGAUGAUGCAUUAUGCAAACACAGCAAAGCUUGGGGGUUGGAGUUUUGUUUAACGUCGGACUGGUGUGCCAAAUGCAUGGCAAGACUGAGACAUGCACAUACAAGAUGACAAGACAGCUCGUUGACCGUGCUCGUUGACGCGUUUCAUGCAUUGAUUCUUCUGUUUGGUCUUCUGGAACUCACACAUGUGAAUGAUUGAACCCCAUCGCAUGCUGGAGCGCAGGCGCAGUUCUCCUGUAUAACUGGUCAAACGGUUGUUGUUACACGGUGACGGGCACCGUGCCGACGUUGGGCAAUAACUUUCCACGAGGCACGUACGUUCAGCACGCCUGAAGGAGGCGGCGUAAUGCGAACCAUUGACUUGUGCUUAUAUGCAUAGUUUUGCGUGGGUGUAGCCGCAGCGCGCACCGUUGCCAUGCCGACCCUUGAGGCCUUGACUGAGCGUUGAGAAACCAUUGCCCGGGGUGGGAAAGUGGAACCAAAGUGUCUGGCACUCUGGCUGUGUGCAGGUUCAGGAAUCAACUACCGUAUGUGGUUACAUCCAGGCCCGUGGCCCAUCUCUGAGUCUUCUCAAGUUUCCUUUCGCGGUCACAGGGGCAAUUGUAACCAUAUCGGCAC